CUUAUGUAUUUCGUUCCCACCAAGAGAAAUCAAAAGACAGAGUCGAGGAGAUCGGAAGAGUGUACUUGGCGAUAACCAAAAUAUCGAAAUUCUCUGAUCUAAUCUGGCUAGCGAUUGCAAUGGUUGUUGAACACGGCGUUCUCACUCGUGAUGUGGUGCGGAUGCAUGACCGAGCGCCUUCAGUUAGGUGAAUCCAUUAGAGCUAAUGUGGUCAGCAUCCAAUGUCGAAAACGUACAGAGCUAUUUAUUUGGGGAUUUAUUUACCGCUACACGGUCUUAGGGAUUUUCUAGACUCGAGCGGAGACCGGCUUGUUCAAAAUGAGUUGUACAGUUAGGGGGAAGCCGAAGUCAGGCCGUACUUGGAAAACAGUUCGUACUGCGAAACACAGUGCAAUUAAAAAAGACAAAGGUAUACGUACAUCAUUUCAAGUUCGUAGAAAAAUUGAAGCAGAAAUUAAAAAAAUUCGUAAUGAAUCUAUUGAACGAAAAAAAGCAAAAGAUGAAUUAAAAAGAAUGAAACGUUUAAAAGAAGAAGAGAAACAUCAACGUAAAUUAGAAAACGAACGUCGUUCAGAAAUUGUUGUACCAAUAACAAACCCGGCAAAACUAAAACGUUUACGAAAAAAACAAAUAAGAACAAUUGUAACACGAUGAAAAAGAUUAUUUUUGGCUAUAAUAAAUUUCAAAAUAUAAUACUUUUGUAUGUUAAUUUAUUUGUUGGUAAAUUGAGAUUGAGUUAUCAACAAAGUUUAUGCCCAUAGUCCUAAUUAGUAUAUAUAGAACACUACACUUACUUACUCCUGUUACUCCUCGUGAGGGAGCAUAGGCCGCUCACCAGCAUUCUCCAUCCAACCCUGUCCUGGGCAAUCCUUUCCAGCUCCUUCCAGUUGUUAUUCAUCCUUUUCAUAUCAGCUUCUAUUUCCCGACCUAAUGUGUUCUUUGACCUUCCUCUUUUCCGCCUUCCUUCAGGAUUCCAAGCUAGGGCUUGCCUCGUGAUGCAGUUUGAUGAUUUGCGUAAUGUAUGUCCUAUCGAUCUCCAUCGUCUUUUCCUAAUUUCCUCUUCAGCUGGAAGCUGGUUUGUUCUCUCCCACAGAAGGCUGUUGCUGAUGGUAUCCAGCCAAUAGAUGUCGAGUAUCUUGCGUAAACAGCUAUUUAUAAUUACUUGUACCUUCUUGAUGGUGGUUGUUGUAGUUCUCCAAGUUUCAGCUGCGUACAAUUGAACUGCCUUGACAUUCGUAUUGAAGAUUCUGACUUUGAUAUUGGUUUAAAGGUGUUUUGAGUUCCAUAUGUUCUUCAAUUGUAGGAAUGCUGUCCUUGCUUUUCUAAUCCUCGCCUCUACGUCUGCAUCUGAACCUCCUUGUUCAUCGAUGAUGCUUCCCGGGUAUAGAACACUACAACUUGUAGUCAAAAUACAACGAUCAAGUUCAUAUCGUCUGUUAAAUAGUGUCUGUCUCACUCGAAUUAUGAUUUUAAAUGUUUUAUAGCUCUUUGUGUUUUUUUAUUAAGGUGACUGAUUUCUUAAACUUGGACGGUUUGAUUGUUAUUUUCAGUACCCUUAUCAUCCUUCAAGUGUAAGUAAUUAAUACAAGGCUUAAGUUUUUCUUCUAUUCUGGUGUACUCGUCUUCAUAUUCACUGUCGUCAGUCCCAUUGUCUUCUGGUCAAUUUUUUAUAGUAACUUAUCAUAUAAUGUUGACUACAGAUAAUGUAGUCACAUACUUACGCCUCGGUUUUUGUAACUCAACUGUAGGAGUUUCAUUUAUUUUGAUGUGUAUCUUCAAACAAAGUUCAAGAAUAUCUGAUUUUAUUUCAGAGGUUAGUUUAUCGAAGGGACACAUUUUGGUGACUAGUUUCGUCACAGACUAACAUCAACUAAAAGACCACUACAAAGUAGGGAACAUGGUGUGAGUGUAUCUUCAUUGUCCAGGGUUUUUCGGUAAUUCAUACCUAUAAUCUUAGGUGAUACAGAAGUCAAACUUUAUUGUCUAGGUUAUAAAGUUCUUCCCGACUGUGGCUUCUAACUUGACUUGGUGUUCGUGCUUGCCUACUGUGAUGACUCAACCGAGCUACAUUGGCUGGGACACAUCUUCCUUCGGUCCCUGACAUUCCAGACAGAUAGGUAGGAGGACGGUUAGACUAAAAGAAGAAACUUAAAGUCUGGGGGUGAAGUCAUAUUGUUGACUACAGGGCAUUGUCAUAGUAGUAAGACGUUUUCCUCGGAAAACCAGUAUCUGCGACGAUGCCGUCUUCUCACAAUGGAAAGUAGGGGUUACUGAAGGUUGACCCCAAAUUUGUCACACCUCACCUUGACCCACGGAUUUCUGUCUGGCGGUAAGGCUUUUUGAAGCGCUAAGGUGACAGAAACGUCUCAUUGAAAAACCGCAUGUGACUGGCCUAGAGCAGUUGUCCCUUCUAGCAUAUCUUUAUCAUCGCGCGCCACGUCCAACUCUCUUUUAUUGACUAUUACCCUAGUUGGGCUCCAGAAGAAGUUAACCUAAAGUGGUAUCGUAUUAUAAAAUGUUCCUAUAUUGCAUUUGACGAAAAUUAAUACUAAGUGAGAACUAAAUCAUCUAGUUGGCCCCAAAUGCGCUGGUACGGCCGAGAGUGGGGAGAGUCCGCUCUCCCGAAAUGCUCUCACAUGGCCACGCGUAUAUAGCCUCUGCCAGGGAAGUCCUACUCACUGCCUUCUCGUGGCGGGGGUGUUGUUUACGAAAAUGAG